UAGAAAGAUGUACCGAACAAAAAUUUACUGGAUAUAUGUGCACGGCGUUACAAUCGUCUUAAAAGCACAUGCGCGUUGCUCUUGGUUACGAGGUAUGUUUUAACUAAUCAGAAUUAACAUGCGCAGAAGGAACAAAAAUUUGUGAUUCAUAAUCUUCUCUUGUAAAUUAAUUGUACAGUGUUUUUUUUUUAUAAUAUAUGAUGAUUUCUGAUGAUUAUGAAGCUAUCAUUCAAUGGCAUCCAGAAAUGAUAUUAGUUUCUAAAAACCCAAUGACAUGGCAAGGGUUUAUAGUAAUUCCUUGUAAUUCAAAUUCAAAACAAAAUAUUCGAAUCAAAUUAAAAUUGAUUGUACCAAAUUAUCCUUCACUAUGUAAUGCAGAAAUUAAUUUUGGUAGAGAAAUAACACUUAUACGCAAUAAAGAAUUUAGACAGAGGAUUAAAAGUUUAACACAAAGUACAAUCAAAGUAUCAGUAUUUUUAAGACAAUUACAGUCAUUAAUAACUAAUUUUAUAAGUACAACUCAUAUCAUUGAAAAUGAUGAAUAUGAGGCAACAAAUAAUAAAGUAGAUGAAAUGUUACAAGAAUUACAGGAUGUACUUCAAACUCCAUCUGAAGUUAAGAUAUUAGCUGACAAUACCUUAAAUACUAUUAAAUUAUCUUUGGGAAAUGUGGCUAUAAAAUUACAAAAAACAAAAUAUGGAAUUUAUCCAUGGACAGUUAUUGACUCAGAUUUACCUGAGAUACCUGCAUUUGGACCCUUUCAAAAUAAUAUAUCAACAUUACUUGUAGCAAGAAAUAAACUUAAGUUGCAAGUGGAAAUGCUUGAAAAAGUUUGGUCUAAUCUGAAGCAAAUUGAUGAGAAUUGUUGUGUAAUGGAUCCAUUGCAACCAAAGCCAUGUCAUCUUUACCGACGAAUUUAUUUAACACCCUCAUUAUCAAUGUUUAUUAAAAUAGAUCCUCUAAAUCCUAUGGAUUUACCAGAAAUUAAAUUUAUGGGUAGCGAAACAGAAAUUGAAUUAAAAAAGGAACUUGUUUCUAAGAAUUUACAUAAUUGGAAUUCAAGUUUAAACAUUAUAGAUAAUUUAAUGAUGUUAUUAAAUUUAAAUACAUUUCCCAGAAAAGAAAAAAAAGAAAUUUUUCUGGAUGAGAGUACUAUUGUUACAGAUGAAGAAUGUUGUAUUUGUUUUUCUUUAGAGUUAGAUGAUAAAAAUUUACCUGAUAAAAUUUGUAACAAUGAAAAAUGUAAAAGACAUUUUCAUACAUCUUGUUUGCUACAGUGGCUACAAGCAGUUGCUGGUAAUCAUAUUGUAUUUGAUCAUAUACAUGGUACAUGCCCUAAUUGCCAAGAAAGCAUAUCAUGUUGCAUUAAAUAGGAAAAUUAAAACA